AAUCCUAAUGGUUACCAAGGCAACAUGACAAGUGACUUGGCAUGGAUCAUCAGAGCUUGUCUCUUUGUGUGCCUGUGGAGAGCCUGUCUGUGUGAAGGGUCUGACGGCAUGUAUAACGAAUAUUUGACAGAAAUGGUAGACCGUCUGCCAAAGGACUAUUUGUUCAGAGUGAACAAAAGUGAGGAAACAUUUGAAAGAGUUGCAAAAGCCCUUAGCUGGUUCUAUUGGGAGAACUGUGAGAAGGACUUUGAAUGCAAAGAUUACCCUGAAGACACAACAAAUUCUGCUGUAUGUUACUUACUGAACUGUCUGCAUGAGGAGGAACCUGAGUGUGUCUCCAAUGUCACAUACAGUCUAGCUGAGGUGGAGUUGGUCAGUGUGAAAGGCUUCAAGUGUCUGGUUGAAGAUGCAUUCAAUCACAAAUAUAAUUCAUCACAAGAACAAGAGGACGAAUGUGCUGAUGUUUUUGUUGAUGCAGUGAGAUGCCAAAAAGCAACUACACUUGAAACAUCAUCGAUCCCGCCCAAAACGUCAUCAUCAACAACACUACCACCAUUGUCAACAAUAUCAAACAGCGGCAACAUGGAGUCACAAGAGCAGCGAUUACAAAGGAAGGUCAUAUCAGUCAGUACGUUGUUAGCUAUCUCUCUGAUAGCUAAUGUCCUCCUCUUGGGUGUUGUCAUCUUGAUCUUGCGGACCCGGGGGAGACGCCAGCAUGAGGGCGUGUCUCUUGCAAUGCCUGAACUGACAGUAUUGAACGCAGUAGAGGUACAUCAUCUGAUGCAGAACGACAACGGAGAUGCUCUGCAGCACUGACCCCAUUCAGAGGAAUAAUCCAGCUCUCUUCCAUCUGCCACCAUUUUCCCCUCACUUUACCAGAUGACAACGGACAAAUAUAUAUCCUGAGCCAAAGAAAAGGAGCCAACAGUCCUCUCUUUCUCUCUCUCACUCUCACUCUCACUCUCACUCUCACUCUCACUCUCACUUCACACUUCACACUUCCAGGGCUGAGGCCACAACUCUUCUUCUCCUGCCACUGGCAUUCUGGAGUUACUGUUGCAGACAUGAAUAAAAGCUCCCCUUCUUGUGUUUUAAUGAGGAGAAUGGGAGAACUAAUAAAUGUCCGUCUGUCAAGAGUCUCUAAAAACAAGACUUGGAUUAAGGGAACACGGUGGUCUUGAAUGUCACCCCUUGCCUUCUGCUGUCCGUUCAGCCCAAAGAUAAUAUGUUCAUGGGAAUGGGAAGAAAACAGUGAGAUGAACAAUAAGAUGAACCCUUUAGGGGCAUACAUUAGAACUAAGAUGGGCCGAUAUUGAGUAUUAUUGUACUUUGCUGUAGUACAGUACUUUACGAACAAAACCUGCAUCCAUUCCUGACUGUGUUUGGAUGAUGUGGCUGUGUUACUUGAUGAAAGGGGAUUUUAUGACGCAGAGGGAAAGAAAAAUAUCAAAGGAGUAAAUCAGUAAAGAAUAAAAGAUGAAAGAAAUAAAGUGAAGGCCAUUUUAUGUACAAAGUGUGUAUAUAUUUAGAGUACUAGUCAAAUUUUGGACACACCUACU